GUCAAAGAGUAAACAACAGGUUUGCCGUUUGGAAGCAGUUUCUUUUUUUUUACAAAUACAUUGAAGAAAAAAAUAAAGAUGUCAUACAUUUGGCUACUUUUACUUGUGACAAAUGACGUAUAUGUGGAAUCAUCAUACAGUGUCUCAAAUACAAGCACCAACAUAGCUAAAAAGAGCAGCAUAUCCUUAGAAACUAGUACAGCUAAAGGCUUCAUCAUUACCCAAGCUACCACCACACCAGAUCCAUUGAUUGCUAGAACGCGAGCUAAUGCACACACCAGUGAGGUAGGAGAAAUGUAUUCUGGCAAAGAGAUUUUAUUAAAGUUAAUCAUACCUAAAACAUCUUACAGGUACAGUGUUGAAUUAUGUAGCGAACUCGACUGCAGUGUUAACAAAGCCCUUAUUUUGUGGGUGCAAUUCGAUCCAAACUUUGUCUUCUGCGAAUCAGACAUUGCUGGUGAGGUUGGAACUAAAGCCACACUAUGCGACAUACGGAAGGAACGGAGAGCGUUUUUUAGGAGAGAGACAAAGUUUGUGUUGAAAUUUGUGAUCAUCUCCAAUCAGCACGUUGAGGUCUGGGUGAACUCAAUACACGUAUGUAACUUCCCCAAAGUUGUAAGAACGGAUCUGAUGAAAUACAUUAUCGUUCGCAAGAAGCGAGAGGUUAUCGUAACAGCUGUCUUUGCUUCGACUUUAGCAACAUGGGAUACAGAGGCGUAG